CAGAGAGAAGGGCUGCAGAUCCGGAUCAUUACUCGGCCCGGCCAUGGCCCGGUCCACCAAUCAGCACGCGUGUGCGCAUGGACGAUGUUGGGUCUAUCAAUCGACCAUCCGCGUCGCGUCUACAAGCGCCCAGCCUCAACCUCGACCUUGGUAUUGUCCCACCGACGAUACCUGACGUCCGCUCCACCUCGAAAUUGCCGCCCCGACCUAUUGCAUAUCGCAAACGAUGCCCAAAAAUAAGUCAUCGUCCACCAAGAGCGGCAAGCAGCGACGGUUUCAUCUCAGUAACCGCCCGCUCCAGCGUGUCCCAGCCCAGAACCUCUGCGGUGCUGUCUAUGUCUAUCGCCAUGGCCCAGCGAUGCGUCGCACAGCGGGAUAUAGCCGCCUCUCGAAACAUCCGGAAACAUUGAACCCCAAAUAUAGAAGCGCGACGUGAACGGUCCAGCGUUGU